GUGAGUAAGACAAUAAUAUCUGAGCUCCGUGUCUGAAAACAAACAGCGUUUAACAACAGCUUUGAACUUCUAUUGGUGCUAACACUUAAAAAGGUCUUUAAAUGAGCACAGUAUCGCUAAUACUUUGUUUAAACAGUUGUUUAUUCGUACGCACGUUGUUUUUGUACAUUUUGUGUUGACAGACACAUGUUGUCAUCGAUAUUUAAAGCUUGUCAUGUGUGACGACUUUAUUUUCCAUCAAUGAAAUGGGAUUUACCGGCAAGAGGGAAGUGCCGUGGGACUGUACGUCGUCUUUAGUUGGACAAUCAAACUCCUGAACCUGCUCGGAUACUUCAACGCGUUUUUAAAAAAAUUAUCCAUGGAAACUAUUGGGAAGUUUGAGUUCAACAGGAAAGACCUGAUUGGACAUGGGGCUUUUGCAGUUGUGUUCAGAGGCAGACAUAAAGAGAAACGUGACUGGGUAGUUGCUGUGAAAUGUAUCAACAAGAAAAACUUGGCCAAAUCUCAGUCUCUGCUUGGUAAAGAAAUCAAAAUAUUAAAGGAACUCAAACAUGAAAACAUUGUCCGACUUCUUGACUAUCAGGAAAUGGGAGGAUGUGUGUAUCUCGUCAUGGAGUACUGCAAUGGAGGCGACCUGGCAGAGUACCUCCACUCCAAGGGCACGUUAAGUGAGGACACCAUCCGAGUAUUCCUGCAUCAGAUCGGUCAAGCCAUGAAGGUCCUGCAGAGCAAAGGCAUUCUCCACAGAGACCUGAAACCCCAAAACAUCCUACUCUGCCACCCCGAGGGGCGCAGGUCCAGCCCCAACAACACCUGCCUCAAGAUAGCUGACUUUGGGUUUGCACGUCACCUCCAGACAAACACUAUGGCAGCCACGCUGUGUGGCUCUCCCAUGUACAUGGCUCCUGAGGUCAUCAUGUCCCAGAACUAUGAUGCCAAGGCUGAUCUGUGGAGCAUAGGUACUAUUGUGUACCAGUGUCUGACCGGGAAGGCACCUUUUCACGCCAGCACACCGCAGGAGCUCCGUCAGUUUUAUGAAAGCAACAGCACCCUCUUACCCAGCAUCCCAAAAGAGACUUCUAGUAACUUAAGACAUCUACUUUUGGGGCUUCUGCAGAGGAGCAACCAAAAACGAAUCAGCUUUGAUGAGUUUUUUCACCAUCCUUUCUUGGAGAUCAGGUCAUCCACAAAGAAAUGUUCUCCAGCUGCUCCCGUGCUUCCAUUUCCCGGCUCAGGCUCGGCCAGUUCCUCUGACAGCUCCUCCACAUCCCAUCCGGCCUCCCCUCAACAUUCCGAAGGAGAAAUGCACCGUCUUCAGCCCAAAUUGCGCUAUUCACCUUCACAGGACACCCCCGGCUUCCUGAAAGAAAUAGCCAAUCACGACACUAAGAACACGUCAUGUUACACAGAGGACUAUGUCAUGGUGCCUGCCCAGUAUCCAAGUGAUUGCAUAUGUGAGUUGGAAGUUGGGUCACCCAUUGAGAGUUGCCUGAUAUACAGUGGGAGUUUUCCACUUGCUGAGCGAAAUGCAGGAAAGACACCUCCCCCCUCUCCCCUGCUGCACUCUCCCUCCAAGCCCACUGGCAAGCCUGUUGAUAUGAUUGGCCGUACGUGCACACCCUCAGUGCCCAUUCCUGUCCCAUCACAAAUCCACAACUACCACCGUAUGGAGCAGAACCUGCAACCUGUUGGCCUGCAUGGCUCCACCAGGGCCACACUCUGCUGUGCCGACAGCGACUCCCCACAGUCCGGAGGCUGCAGAGCUCCAAGUCCAAGAUUUACCUUCAACACCCCACGGCUGGCAACUAGAGGAGCCUUUACACAGCAGUCCUCCCCGCUAGCUGGAAUUUCGCCAAAAACCUUGGAGCAGACUCUCCCACUCAGCACAAACACUGGACUGCAGGACCCCCCCAGUCCCAAGGUCAAAUCAAGACUGCCAAGCCGCAGGAUGACAGUCCAUGACCUGCAAACCCCUGACUCGUCUCCUGUUCUCCAGACCAACCUCAGCAGGAAAUCAGCCAAUAAAGGCGGCCUUUUUAAAAGUUCAGAACGAUCACUAAGCACAGCCCGGCUAUCUGACAUGCUAUUGAAGGCCGCCUUUGGAGCUCACCUUUUUGAAGAGGGAAGCACGGAGAGCCUGAACGCUGAGAAAAGCAUGGACGUUACAGCUCCACCUUCUGGUUGUCAGAGAGACUUUCCGGGCUCAGACAGCCCCCCUCCUGUGGUCUUCCCGAUGGGUUCUCCCUCCAGAGGAGGCACUCCUCCUGAUAGCACACUGUCAAGGAUGUUCUCAGGCUCCCCCAGCUACAUUAACUCAGCCAUGCUACUGAACAGUCGCCUUCUGCAGGGAGGAAGUCGUAGAAACAGUGAGACUGAAGCCAUGGAUGCUAGUAUGGUCUUUCACCCUCCAGAGCUCCCUGAAGACACACUGAUGGAGCCGACUCAUACAGAUGCUCUGAGCGACCUGCGUUUCACCUUGGCGUUUGUCGUCUGUGUCAUGGAAUUGGCUUCUUCUAAAGACUCGGGGGUGGAUGCCACCAGCAACCCUGAUGUUUCCUUUCUAGAGCAGAGCUUGGUGACAGAUCAGAUCAGCCUGCUGAGUAAAGAAUGGAGCUACGCGGAGCAGUUGGUGUUGUACAUGAAGGCUGAGGAGUUUCUGUCAUCGGCACUGCACACCGCUAAAGAGACGAUCAAACAAGGCAAACUUGUUCCCUCUGCUACAGUCAAACUAGUGAUAAAGAAGUUGAAUGAAUUGUACAAGCGCUGUGUUACAUACUGUCGCAACCUCAACCAUCGCCUUCAGACCUUCUUGCUGGACAAGCAGAAGCUAAUGGACCGCUUCAAUGGUCUCACAGCAGAGAAACUCAUCUACAGCCACACUGUGCACAUGGUACAGAGUGCUGCUCUAGACGAGAUGUUCCAGUAUGGCACAGCAUCAGUCCAGCGCUACCAAAGAGCCCUUUUGCUGAUGGAGGGUCUGUCCCGGAUCAUCACAGAGCAGAAGGACAUUGACAGCAUAGAUAAAUGUAAGCAGUGUAUUGAGAGACGCCUUACUGCACUACAGACCUAACAGUAGCCGCAAGUUCUACAACUGAAGCCACACAAACUGCAUUAUCUUGACUCAUCCAUCGCCCUAGAUGGAUCUAUGAAUGUCAAUACACUCAAGCACUUUUGACCUGUCUUAAGGGAAAUGACCACUGGAGCAUCUGCUCUCAUCCCACCAGCCACUCUGUAACCUUUACAUAAAUGCUCAGAAAAGACUGCAGGUCCUGUUUUGUACAGGUUCACGGUGACAGAUUGUGGCAUGAUUGUUUGAAUACUUCAAUCAGGGAAAUUGUUUUCAGUAUAGUGUUGUUUUGUUACAGAAUGUACAAGUUAGUGUGUUGUUUUGCACAUAGAAUCAGAUUAUAUAUUAACUGAUUUUGAAUGUGUGUUUUACUUGAAACAAGAAACAAAUAAGGUGUUUUCUGUAUUUGUAGCACUGGUUUUAUAUGUACUGUAAAGGUUCACUAGUCACCAGAAUUAAGAAUGUUUUGGAUGAGAUGACCAAAUGUGUUGCGGUUAUAGUAAAACUGUGCCUGCUUAUUCACAUUUUGCGUCACAAGAGAGUAGUAGAUGACGCAUUAUAAUUGUCUUCAUUGUAAUCUAGACUUACAGUCUACGGUCAUAUUAACUUACAUCUUAGACUGCAAUAAGUAUAUUUUGACAUUUUAAUGUGAUUUUAGUUUUACAACCACUGAUCCAACAAUGCCUUGUGGUGAUGUAGUUAACUGCAUGCUACAUUGAUUUUGUUUAUCAGAUAAGUGUUUGUAUCUGUGCACAUUAGAUUUUGUAAAAGAUGGUAUAUUUGAAUGAUUGUGUGUUUUAUUUUUGCCUGAUAGUAAUCCUACACUAGUUUCUCACAAAUGAAUGUACACAUAUAAAAAUUGUAGUGUUCAAAGGUAAGUUUGUAAGAAUGUACCAAAUUGUCUCUUUUACUUGUAUUUUAUGACUGCCAGUGACAUUUGCCAAAAUAAUUGUUAAACACUGUGUGAUGAAAAUAAAUAAUAUUUAUUGUAAAACGAUA